UGUUGCCCAACUACAUAAGAUGCUUGAGUAACACGACUGCGAUCAGCGGUCUACGUCUCAGUCCACUUUCUCAAGUCGCACAGUGCAUCGAACGAUAUGCUUCGUUCUGAGCAACUCACGCGUCAGCCAUGACCGCACUACGAUAGCACUAACCCCUAUAGCGGUAUCCACCUCAGGCCUAGAGAGCAGACUAUCAGUAAUCGCCAGAGCUGGAAUGACGUUGAGUUCACUAAUCCAUUAAGACUCAUGUAUAUAAACACAAUAUGGCUGGCCAUCAAUUAGCGACAUACAAAAUCAAUUUGAUUGCAUCAACUCGGUCUUCACCUCUUUAAUUUCCAGCACCAAAGAAGCUCCAACAAAUCUCAAGAUCAAUCAACCGAAUUACCGUCAUGCCUCUCUGGCAAAUCUACCAUCCUCCCGGCGUCUUUGAGGAUGCCGAAUCGAAAGCAGCUCUCGCCGCCGACAUCACGAAAAUCUACACCUCCGUCGGCCUGCCCCCCUUUUACGUAGUCGUCCACUUCAACCCCAUCGCCCCUACCAAUGUCUACGUAGGCGGCACUCCAAAAUCAUUCAAUCCAACCCCCUUCAUUCGCAUCGUCAUAAAACACAUAGCCAUCCGUCUCAACAACGACACUGCCACCUAUCGCAAAACCACCGGUAUGAUAGAUAAUGCAUUGAAACCGCAUGUCUAUGACAAAGGCUGGGAUUGCGAGUAUCAUGUCGAGGAGACUGAGAGGAGGUUGUGGAAGUUUAAUGGGUUGAUUCCACCAGAGCAUAAGAGUAAGGAGCAUGAGGUUUGGGUGAGGGAGAAUAAGCCGGUGCCUUAUGAGGGUGCUUAUUGGUCUGUUGAGAAGGGACAGUAUUGAGCGGUCCGCCGGAGAGGAAGAUGGUACUGAUGACGUUUAAUACGAUGCGUACUUGGUUUGUAAGCCCAACUAUCGUUUCAUGUAUGGCAGCAGUUUGUUCAAUGAGUUUUCUGUUAGCCUACAAGUACCAGCUAUGUCGUGUUGCGCAGAUGAGCCUCAAUGGACAGGCUAGCUUUUACCAGAAAGUCACUGUGUCAGGUCAUCAAUGGUACGAUUCGAG